AUUCAAAAUACAUGUUCUUCUUUGAAAAUUUAUUUUUUUAAGUUAAUAAACCUUAAUUUAUAUUGAUUGUGUAUCAACUAAUUAAUCAUAAUGUUAACAUUAGAAUAACAAAUAUUUAUAUAGAAAGUGACCUCAUUUUCAAGGUUCUGGAGUCGUUUAAUAUUUUUCAAAUGUAACGUCAUAUUUUUAUAGAUUUUCUCACUGAAGUUAGGAAAAAUUAUUGUGAUAAAUCCAAAGAAAUUUCCCAUGAAAUGUCAACUGACACAGUGCAUGAAGGCUAUCCUAAAAAUGUGGCUGAAGAUUCAGCCUUGUCACACGAUUCUGAGUAUGAUGAUUUUCUUGGUGUACCUGAAUCCUUAGAAAUAACAAUUAACGAGGACGGCGAAACUAUUAGUAUUCGAAACAGUAACGUGGAACUUACUGACAACAAAGAUCACUCUGGCGUUUUGCCUUUCACGAUAAUUCACGAUCCGCCAAUCAAGUUUAGGAGUCAAAAUCGAAAUGUGUUCAUUCCAGGAGUGCAAAUACAAGUAAAAGUCAUAGAUAUUGAACGUUGUGUGACAACUCAUCCUUUAAAUCCAAAUUUGUAUACAAUACAGUUUAAACAUGGAACAUUCGAGUGGACUGUAAAAAAACGAUAUAAACACAUACAGUUCUUGCACAAUCAACUCAAGAUAUUUAGAGCGAGUCUGAAUAUACCGUUUCCAACAAAAAGUCAUAGAGAGAGAAGAAACAGUUUUAAAAAUUUAUCAACAGACAGAGCCCAACGACAAAGAAAAGUGGCAUUGCCAAGGUUUCCUAAUAAGCCAGAUGUUUUAGUACCUUAUGAACAUAUAAAUCAUAGAAUGAAAGCCUUGGAAGAAUACUUAGACAAUUUGCUGACAAUUGAAAUUUACAAGCGACAUCCAGAAACUCUUAGCUUUUUGGAACUGUCUCAUCUUUCAUUCGUUGGAGACCUUGGCGGAAAAGGCAAAGAAGGUUUAGUUCAAAAACGGACUGGAUCUGGAGCUAAAACUGGAUGUAAUCUUUUGGGUUUACUCGAAGGGACGUGUUGCGUAAGACUCAGUCAAUUUUGCACCUCACUUUGUGGAAAAUGGCAUAAAAGGCAUUUAAUCGUGAAGGAUACUUUCGUGACAUAUAUAAGACCUGGAGAUGGAAGAAUAAAAGCCGUGAUUUUAAUGGACAAUGGUUUUGAAGUUAGUUCAGGAAUGUACUCAACGGGUUUGAGGAAUGGAUUACAAAUUAUGAAUCUCAAUAGGCAUAUUGUUAUGAAAUGUUGGACUAGAAGAAAAGCAAAAGAAUGGUUGGAUUACAUCCAACGCCUUUCUGUCGAGGAAGGUAAGUCUUUUAUUCAAACAAAUCCUCACAAGUCCUUCGCUCCAGUUCGAUGUUCAGUACCUGCAACGUGGUUCGUUGAUGGAUCAAGUUAUAUGUCGGCAGUUGCAGACGCUCUAGAAGCAGCGACUGAAGAAAUUUUUAUAGCAGAUUGGUGGCUUUCUCCUGAAAUUUAUCUUAAGAGACCUGCUAAUGAAGGGGAUUACUGGAGACUCGAUAAAAUUUUGGAAAGGAAAGCUCUGCAAGGUUUUAAACUUAAGAUUGCCGGUGUAAAAGUGUUUGUGAUGAUUUACAAAGAAGUAGAGUUGGCUUUAGGAAUAAAUAGUUUUUAUAGCAAACAAAAACUAGUCGAAAAAUGUCCGCAAAAUAUAAAAGUAUUGAGAUAUCCCGAUCAUGCUCGAGUUGGCGUUUUCCUUUGGGCUCAUCAUGAGAAAAUUGUGGUUGUCGAUCAGUCGGUUGCCUUUCUAGGUGGAAUUGAUCUCUGUUAUGGUAGAUGGGACAAUUCUGAGCAUCGACUGACAGAUCUUGGAUCAACUCAUCAGUCAACGAUUUAUAUACCUUCAAAAGGAAAAGUGACCAGUACCAGUAGUAAACCGAUCACAGUAUACAAAUCGAAAGAACAUGUGUUACUACCUCUAGCAAUUGCUACGAAUACAAUUGCUAUGGCAACGACUAAAUGCCUUUCAGUUUUGCCAGUAGUGAGUAAAGAAAAACAAAGUCCAGAGCCACUAAGUCAAAUAAAAACAUUAGAUCCAUUACUACUAUCACUUCCCGACGAGAGUUUCAAAUGUAAUACACCUGAUCCACAAAAAAAGAAUCUGUUCGAAGUGGCAAGAACAAAAGUUGACAGAGUUAAAUAUAAUAUGAGAAUGAAGAGAAAAGAAUGGAUCAAUAUGGUUUAUAGUCCUCAUGAAUGUAGUAGCGACGAAGAACAAGACACAGUCGAUAAUGUCGUGAUAAAACUUCCUAUAGACGACGAAGAGGAAUUGUUUUACGAAAGUCGAGAUAUUUAUCCAGAACUGAAUGGAAUGUCAAAACUUUGGCUUGGAAAGGAUUAUACUAAUUUUAUUGUCAAGGAUUUUAAUAAUCUGGAUAGCCCUUACCAAGAUUUAGUGGACAGAAGUACAACACCUCGAAUGCCUUGGCACGAUGUGGGAAUAAUGGUCCAGCAAGCGACAGCUAGAGAUGUAGCUAGACAUUUUAUUCAAAGAUGGAAUGCUAUAAAGAUUGAAAAGGCGAAACUGAACCCAACCUAUCCAUUUCUUCUACCAAAAGCAUAUAAAAAUUACGCAGGAUACUCGAUUAAUUUCGAUGAAAGUAAAAUGCAUAACGUAAAGUGCCAAGUUCUGCGAUCCGUCAGUUCCUGGUCUGCAGGAUUUUUGGACCCGGAAACGAUAGAGCAAAGUAUUCACGAAGCUUAUAUUCACGCAAUCAGCAAUGCUCAAAGGUAUAUUUAUAUUGAAAAUCAAUUUUUCAUAACACUUGCAAAUGUCGAUGGUACAAUAGUAAAGAAUCGUAUUGGCGAAACGCUAUUAAAAAGAAUACUCAGAGCUCACAGAGAAGGUUCAGUGUUUAGAGUCUAUGUGGUCAUGCCACUGUUGCCAGGAUUUGAAGGAGAAGUUGGAGGAGCUACUGGAACAGCUCUUCACGCUAUAACUCAUUGGAAUUAUGCUUCAAUUUCCAGAGGAAAGGAUGCACUUUUAAAUCGACUAAUUGCUGCCGGAAUUGAAGACCCGAGUGAAUACAUUACAUUCCAUGGUCUGAGGACCCACGCCAAGUUAAACGGCUCUCUCGUAACAGAACUUAUUUACGUUCACAGUAAAUUAAUGAUUGUCGAUGAUAGGGUCGUGAUAUGUGGAUCAGCGAAUAUUAAUGACAGAAGCAUGAUUGCAUCAAGGGAUAGUGAAAUCGCUGUUAUUAUUGAGGACCAAGAUUUCACUGAAGGAAGAAUGAACGAAAUGUCAUUUGAUUGUGGAAGAUUUGCUGGAUCCCUAAGAAAGCAACUCUUUAAAGAACAUCUUGGACUAUUGAGGUCUAAGGAUAAAAUUAAUAUUGAUGAUAUUGUCAAGAAGUCAUUCUACAGAGAUGUGUGGUGUGAGAGAAGUAAACGAAAUACUGAGAUAUAUGAAGAAGUCUUUCGUUGUAUUCCAACGGAUAAUGUGGUUAAUUUUUCAAUGCUGAAAAUAUACCAAAAUGAAACACCAUUAUGUUCCUGUGAUUCUGAAAUGGCAACGACUAUGUUAACUGAAAUUAGAGGACAUUUGGUAGACAUGCCGCUUAAAUUCCUAUGUAACGAAACGCUGAAACCAACUGCUGGUACAGUUGAAGGAAUGAUGCCAACUUCUUUGUGGACUUAAAAAUAAUUAAACAGUAUUAAAACACUUAAAAGAAACAUUUGUUUCUUUUUUUAGACAAAUGAAUAUUGAUUCCAAAAAUGUUUUAUUAAUGUCAUAAAAUUUAUUUUUUAAAUGUUAAAUGAAUUAAAAGAAAUUUAUUAUUUGUAAAAGAAUGAAAAGUUGAAAUAUUAAAAAAUAUUUCAACUUUCGUUUUUUAAAUUCCAUUUAAAUUAAGGGAAAGAAGAAACAGUAUUUUGUUUUACUGUAAAAUUUAGUCUAAAAAUUUUAAGUUAUUUUUUACUAUUGCUCCAUAUAAUUUUAUAGAAACUAAAAGUAGGUAAAUGAGUGAUAAAAAAAAGUAUAAUUGAUUUCCUAUAUAUUACUAUUUACUUAAAGUUCCGCAUUUAUUUAUUAAUUUUCGUUUCAUCAUCGAAUGUAAUUAAUACUCAGGAAAUUUUAAUUAUU